AUGAGCUUGCUGUCGGCCAUCGACACGAGCGCCGCUUCGGUGUACCAGCCCGCCCAGCUGCUCAACUGGGUCUACCUGUCGCUGCAGGACACGCACCAGGCGAGUGCCUUCGAUGCCUUCCGGCCGGAGCCGCCCGCCGGCGCCGCGCCCCCAGAGCUGGCGUUCGGGAAGGGCCGCCCAGAGCAGCUGGGCUCGCCCCUGCACUCCAGCUAUCUCAACAGCUUCUUCCAGCUGCAGCGCGGAGAGGCGCUGGGCAGCAGCGCGUACAAGAGCGCCUCGCCCUACGGCUCCCUCAACAACAUCGCCGACGGCCUCAGCUCCCUCACCGAGCACUUCUCUGACCUGACCCUCACCUCUGAGACCCGCAAGCCCAGCAAGCGGCCCCCACCCAACUACCUGUGUCACCUGUGCUUCAACAAAGGACACUACAUCAAGGACUGCCCCCAGGCGCGCCCCAAAGGCGAGGGUCUGACCCCGUACCAGGGCAAGAAGCGCUGUUUCGGCGAGUAUAAGUGCCCCAAGUGCAAGAGAAAAUGGAUGAGCGGAAACUCCUGGGCCAACAUGGGGCAGGAGUGCAUCAAGUGCCACAUCAACGUGUACCCGCAUAAGCAGAGACCCCUGGAGAAGCCUGAUGGCCUGGACGUGUCCGACCAGAGCAAAGAGCACCCGCAGCACCUGUGCGAGAAGUGCAAGGUGCUGGGCUACUACUGCCGCCGCGUGCAAUGAGCCGGCCUCCAGCCGCCACGCCCACAGCUACCUUCCCACCAGCCAGAGACCAUGCCCCUUCCCGUGUCCCUUUGUGCCCCACCUGGUGUCCCACCUGGUGUCCGCGCAGCCUUACCGACCCACGGAGGGGGCGGCUUAAGUUCUUGUCUCGCAUGUGUUGACAGUGUUACUGACGUAGCUUCCCCCGCCCCCCCCCCCGAAAGCCGGGUCUCUGGGACUGUACAGGGGGACUGGGGUCUGCAUGGAAGGGGCAAGGUGAGCAGAGGCCAGCACACAGGACCCCAUAAAGCCCUUGGCGUCCCCUGCAGGUCCCCUUCCUCUGAGACUCCCUAUGGGCUGAGCAGCCUUGUAUUGGCCACAAGUGCACUAAAUUUACUGUGAAUCCCAAAUCCUGCAGGGACUGUCUCUCCAGGACUAGCCAGGCCUCCUUCUCUACCCAGAACCUUCCAGUGUGCCCUGAGUGCAAAGCCACCCUCAGAGAGCCCUACUUUUCUGUCCCGUUUGCGUCAGCAAUCCUGGCAGGCUGAUACCCGUUCUAGCCGCUGCUAGGAGUGGGCAUCUCUGCCCCUGCCCACCAUGAGCCCCAAACCUGAAGGCCUUGGACAUCAUUUGCAUUGCAUACUCUAGGCCCAGAGGUCAGGGACAGUGUUCCACCGUGUGAGCUGGGGCACAGCAGACAAUGCCUCCCCCACCCCCACCGCACGUCUUCCACUUGGGAUUGUAUUUUGUCAGGCCCAUUCCCUACCCUUUUCGGUCACCUCCCCCCAACACUAGGGGCCACCCCCUGAUCAGGGGGAAGGCACUCUGGCAGGGCAGACGCGGGCCUGGUGUCCUGGAGACCUAGGUUCACAUGCUGGCCCUGCUGCUGACACACUACGUAGCCUUGGGAAGAACUUCUCAUCUCUGGCCCUCAGUUUCCCUGCUAGUUAAGUGACAGAGUGACUCCAGAGACCAGAGGCCUGGUUCAGCGCUGGGAUUCACAUGGAGCCUUGUUCGGAGGGGCCGUCCAAGUCCCAACUGCACACCGCCACCCAUCAGUCACGUAGGACAGAAUUGAGGGACGCCAGUCCUCCUGUCACCCCUGCCCUGCCUGAUGUCCCCCAUCCCUGCAAAGAUGAGGGAGAAGGAGCCCCUGUCACACGGGGCAACCCCGACGUAAGCUACAGAACCUCCCGUUUAGAAAAUGAGGACAAUGACUUCCUACCUCCUAAGGGAGCAGGGAGGUCUCUGGGCAAGUCACGUUGGUCAGACCGCUGUCCUGGCUGGCGGGAGGGACCAUGCUUGCCUCUCUUCUCUCCCCCGCCUGAGAAGUCCUAACUUAAUUGUCCCAUCAUCCUUCCUUUCUCCCAGGGAGAGGGAGAGAGCCAGCUGUCAAGACUGGGUCACUUGAUUUUGCCCCAACAUUAUGCCUCUGUGGGAAAAAAAAAAAUCAGACCAUGAAACGGGCCUGAAAUUCAGUGUUUACCAUGGCUCAAGGUCACCUAACGGGGGCCGAUCGCCUUUUGUUUUCAAAUGAAAAUGCUGUGUACAACUGAGGAGUUACAGUGAAGUGUUAACCAGGGGUCCAGGGAGCACGUUGAAGAGAUGGAGUGAGUGUAUUUGGAGCCAGGCGGGGGGAGGAGGGGGGUUGCAGGGUAGAUUUCAGGGGGCCAUGCCCUCUGAGCGCUCACCAAGAGUGUGUUAGCUCCAGCCUGAGCCCUGCAGCUGCCUCCCUGCCACCCACAGGGGCAGAAUGCCCAGGAACCGACUGUGAACACCCGCCCCUCCCACUGGCAAUGCCACCGAGGGAUCUCUCCCAGCUAUGUCCUGUCCUCUCCCUGGUGUCAAGGUGAGCGAGAGUCAUCCUGGCCCAAGGCCCUCUGUCCCCAUGGAGAAGCUGUCACUGUCAGUCAUCCUAGCGCACUGCUGAAGGUAGUGUCCGCUGUGGUGGGCAGUGCGCUUGACUCCGCUGGGAGGACCGGGACCCUGGCCCCCGAGGGGGGAUCUUGGCCCCAGGAUGCUCGCGGAGCCUGCCGACUGUCCUGCAACCGUGGGGGGACCCUAAAAAGAACCCAGGCUCCGGACUGCUGGAGUCCACAGGCCUGCCAUGGGCCAGUAGGAGAUGGGAUAUCAUCCCCCAAGUGACCUUUCCAGUGGGCUUGUCCACCUGGCAGCCAUUGCCCCUGCCUUCUGUGCAGGCCUGGCUGGCGUGGGGGCCGGGCCCUCCUGCCCCGAAGCAGCCUCUCUGUGUGCCCCCUGCUCCGGCGCGGCCCUGGCUGAAUUGGGAGCUGUCUGUGGGGGCAGAAGGCACUGCUGUCCGGGCCGGGAACUGUGAGGAUGGAGCGCUCAGAGGGCCUGGGAGCCCAGGAGACAAGAAGGCGUGUGGUUUGUAUGUUCAAAAGGGACAAUCGCUGGCAGUUAGCAGAUCUAGUGGUCUAGCCGAGAGAUAACAGUGUUUAACCCAUACGAAGUAUUCGAUAGCUCUCCUUGUGAAUUUGUAUUUAUUUUGAGUUAUACUUGACACGAUUCCUCUUUUUUUUUUUUUAAAGAAAAAUACUAUGUGUGUAUUUUGAAAAGAAAAGUCAUAGAUGUUAAAAUUUCUUCCGGUUACCAAUUUUUCUCACAACACUGAAUUUGUUACCUUCUCCCGAAAAAUCUUCACAGCGAUUUUUGUCUGUAUAUAUUUGAGGGGCCUUUUUUUAAAAAAAAAAAAAGAAAAAGAAAAAGAAAAAGAAAAAAGAAAAAGUAUAAUUGUUUGAUCUUUGAGAUUAAAAAAACAAAAAGAAGCAUUUUCAAAACUUUGGAGAUUUCAGGAGGGUGGUAGAAUAUCAAACGAAGAUUUCUGGAAGUAUUUUGCAAACCUUUCUGGGUGAGCUGCAAGAAAAUAUUUAUGGUGAGAACUUUUUUCCUGUUGUUGGUUUUGUUUGUUUCAUUUUGUUUUGGGUUUGAUUUUUUUUUUACUACGCUUUGAUCUGUAAAAAGUAUGCAACUGACCUACAUUAAGAAGGAAAUAUUGUCUACGUAGAAUAUUAUAUGAAGUUGGUACAUAAUUCUGAUGAGGAAAAAAAAUCUUCGCAAUUCUUUAAGCCAUAUUGUUGUUAUUCUGUGUUGUUUUCUUUGGAUGAAAAUAUCAGUAUUAAGUAGCCAAGCAUAUUAUCCAAGUGCUUAGACUUAUUAAUAUUUUCGUGUCCUGUAUUUAUACGUAUGUGUAUUUUGGAAAGUAUUGCUUUUUUUUUUUAAGGGAAGCUAUUAUUAGAUACCUAGCCAAAAAGGGAAUAGUGACCCCUUUGAGCCUCUUCAGCUGAGGAUAACGAACACAGCAUUGUAAUCCAUUCUCUUGCACCUUCUUAUUAUUAUCUUGUUAUUAUGGUUAUUAACUUUGUGGAGGGGCAGGGAGCGGGCGGGGGGAAGUAGGGGCAUAUCAGUAUUACAGAGCCAGCGGAUUAUCACUAACCGGCCCCUCCAUGGUCGGCCAGCGCCAGAGAUGGCCUCCUCGGCCCGAUGGGGGGCUCGGGUCAGCAGGGCCCAGCAGGGACGAAGAAGCAGGAGGAGGACUUCUCCGCGCCCCUCUUCGGAGUUUUGCCAUCUGAGCCACGCCUCUGGGCCCCCUGCUCUUUGAACUUGGAUUUGCCGGCUGGAGCCCUUACACCUGCCCUCCCACAUCUAAUAGACUUGAAUCUCCUCUAAAUAAUAUUUAAUCCAACUUCACUACAUUGUAGCCCCGUGCAACAACCAACCCUGAAGUUUGGGAGGCAUUCCGGCCUUCAGGGAGGUGGCUGAGCCGUCCCCCAGGGGCUGGUGGCAGAAGGAGUUGUCACUGUCUGUCGCCAGCCUCACUGUUGGACCUCGUCCACUCCCGUGUGGUGACCCUGUCUGUGUCUGUAUCUGUUAAUAUGUGUGUGUCCAGCUAAAGAGACAAACAGAACCCGUGGGCCCAGCUCGGAGGGUGCGUGGAGAAGGCUCCCGGCUCUCUGAAGGGCCGCCCUCGGGAUGGCAUUCCGUUGUGUGCCUUAUUCCUGGAAAAUCUGUAUACAGCUCGCCUAUAGCAAUAUAGCCUUUUCAUGCUGUAUUAAAAGAACUUUUAAAAGCGA